CAAGUGAUGGAUGGAUGAUUGUUUGUAAAAAGCAACAAGUUUUUGCGUUGCAUAAAGUAAAAUUCAGUUAUAUCGUAGCAAAUAAGUGUAGUUUUCCUUGUUUACACAUUUUGUAUGAUCGUGAAUACGUAUUUGCCAAGUCAAUUGCUGUGUUUAACUUUCUAGUGUGUGGCUACUCGACUAAUUUUUGAUGUCUCGAUAAUAUCCUGUGUCAGAUAAAUAAUUUUCCAAUUAUUCGAUAACUUAGAAAUAUUGCAAGAACCCGCCUGUGGUACUGGAGCUUGAUGCCUUUGUAAACAUUGCUUAUGAACAUACACUUUUAUAGUGCAAAAUGAAAAUAUAUUCAGUGCUUUUCUAAUUGGAUUGGACCAUAAGUGAUGCAGUGAUAUGGAUUUAUGAGAAGCAGGAGAUUCCAUUCAGAUAAUUUGAUAUUUAUGACGGGGAGGGGGGUCUGAAGGCGGCGGCAUGUGGCUUGGCGCGCGCGGGCUGGUGGUAGCGCUGGCCUUGCUGACCGGGCCGACGCUCGCCGCCAAGAAGUUCAACCUCACCAUCGGCUACCUGCCCUCCAUCAAGGGCGAGAUGCGCGACCGACAGGGGCUCGCCAUCUCCGGAGCGCUCUCUAUGGCCUUGCACGACAUCAACGAGAACUUCGACAUCCUCCCGGACGUGCAGCUGCUGCUGGAAUGGAACGACACUCGUGGCGACACAGUGACGGCGACGCGGCUGCUCACAGACAUGAGCUGUUCCGGCGUGGUCGCCUUCUUCGGGCCUGAGGGCCGCUGCCAUACUGAAGCAAUCAUCGCGCAGUCACGCAACCUGCCUAUGAUCUCUUAUAAAUGUUCGGACUAUCAAACAUCGACGUUAUCAAACUUCGCUCGACUGGAGCCGCCAGAUACUCAGGCAACAAAAUCGGUGAUAUCACUGCUCCGGUACUACAGAUGGAACAAGUUCUCCAUCCUGUAUGAGGAGCCGUGGGUGACGGUGGCUCUGACGCUGGAGAACCACGCCAAGAAGAAUAACAUGACGGUGAAUCACCAGCGGCCGGUGAUUGACGCCUUCAAGUGCUGCGAGGAGAAGAUGACUUGCUGCGCGCCUGGCUUCUGGUACCAGUUCAUACAGGACACUAAGAAUAGGACGCGAAUAUACGUAUUCCUGGGCUCAACGUCGGGGUUGAUCGAGAUGAUGUCGGCCAUGGAGUCGUUGAAGUUAUUCGCCAAGGGCGAGUACAUGGUCAUCUUCGUUGACAUGAUGACCUAUUCGCCCAACCGCGAGUCACUCCAGUACUUGAUAAAAACAGAAGACCGCGGCUCGAAGAUAGUGUGUCCCAACACAGCUGAGUUCCGCAAGCGUGCGCAAUCACUGCUGGUGGUGGUGUCGUCGGAGCCGGUGGCGACCUCCUACGAGCGGUUCACGGCGCGCGUGCGCGAGUACAACACCAAGCCGCCCUUCGAGUUCGAGCUACCCAAUAUAUUCGAGAAUAGGUUUAACAAGUUCGUUUCAAUCUACGCGGCGUAUCUGUACGACUCAGUGGAGCUGUAUGCAAAAGCCCUGGACUCUUUGAUUCGUGAUGAUGUCACCAACAAGAAUGCUUCCCUGACACACGAGAAACUGAUGGCCAUUGCCACCAACGGUUCGCGUAUAGUUGCAACUAUGAUCAAGAACUCCCCUUAUAAAAGUGUGACCGGCAUGUCGAUCCGGCUGGACGACCGCGCCGACUCGGAGGGUAACUUCUCCGUGCUCUCCUUCAAGCCGACCAACUUCAGCGACGAGAACAUCAACUGCUCCUACAGCAUGAUCCCCGUCGGACACUUCCAGCAGUGCAACAGGGAGUUUCCCGAAUACAAAACAAACCCCCGCUUGCCAAUCGACUGGCCUGACAGCGUGAAACCAGAAGACGAGCCGUCCUGCGGCUUUCUCAACGAGAAAUGUCCGAAAGACGACUCUCAGAUCACAUCCCUAGUGGUAGCAGGCACGUUGGCCGUCACACUAUUCUGUGCUUUAGUGGUCACUAUAAGUAUAUACCGCAAGUGGAAGAUUGAGCAGGAGAUUGAAGGUCUAUUGUGGAAGAUUGAUCCGCAAGAGAUUGGUGGAUACCUCGGCAGUGGACUUGUCUGGUCGCCUAGUAAGUUAAGUUUAGCAAGUGGCAUAUCCUGCGACAGUAGAUGUUGCACGCAGAUAUUCACGACGACCGCGCAGUAUAGAGGCAACGUCGUCAGGAUUAAGGAGCUGAAAUUCACUAAGAAGAAAGACAUAUCUCGCGACGUGAUGAAGGAGAUGCGUUUGCUUCGCGAACUGCGUCACGACAAUCUCAACUCGUUUAUCGGCGCCGUCGUCGAGCCGCUACGAGUGCUGCUCAUCACAGACUACUGCGCUAAGGGCAGUCUCUACGAUAUAAUUGAAAAUGAAGAUAUAAAGUUGGAUAAGAUGUUUAUAUCUUCGCUAAUCCAUGAUCUCAUAAAGGGUAUGACGUUUAUUCAUUCAUCCCCACUAAUAUUCCACGGAAAUCUCAAAUCUUCGAAUUGUGUUGUCACAUCAAGGUGGAUGCUUCAGGUUACCGAUUUUGGUCUCCAUGAAUUAAGAUAUUCAGCUGAAAACGAAUUUAUAGGGGAGCAUCAAUAUUAUAGAGGCUUAUUAUGGAAGUCGCCGGAGCUGUUGCGCGAGUUGGAGGACCCCAACGGCACGGUGGGAGGCACGCAGAAGGGCGACGUGUACGCGUUCGGUAUAAUUCUGUACGAAAUCAUCGCUAGGCGGGGGCCCUUCGGAACUACUACUUUGGAACCAAAAGACAUCGUAGACCGCGUGAAGAGGCCCAAGUUAGACGGCGAGGAGGUGUUCCGCCCCGACACGAGUGUGCUGGAGGGAGUCACGGAGGACUACGUUAUAGCUUGCAUGCGUGACUGUUGGGCCGAAGAUCCCAGCUUGCGGCCCGACUUCCCCACGCUGAGGACCAGAUUGAAGAAGAUGAAGUCUGGCAAGUCAAGAAACAUAAUGGACCAAAUGAUGGAUAUGAUGGAGAAAUACGCAAACAAUUUAGAAGAACUAGUCAGUGAGAGAACGAGGCUCUUGAACGAGGAGAAGCAGAAAACAGAAGAUUUAUUGCACCGAAUGUUGCCAAAGUCCGUAGCGAGGAGGCUUACGAAGGGCGAGGGUGUGGAGCCGGAGUCUUUCGACUCUGUCACCAUCUACUUCAGUGAUAUUGUCGGUUUCACCGCCAUGUCGGCUGAGAGCACGCCACUUCAGGUGGUGAAUUUCUUGAACGAUCUGUACACAGUGUUCGACAGGGUCAUUCGAGGUUACGAUGUGUACAAGGUGGAAACUAUAGGAGAUGCUUAUAUGGUGGUAUCCGGCCUACCGAUUAGGAAUAACGAUCGACACGUGGGAGAGAUCGCUUCAAUGGCGCUCGAGUUACUCAGCGCCGCGAAGAGUCACAAAAUAACGCACAGACCGACCGAAACUUUAAAACUACGGAUAGGCAUACACACUGGAGCGGUAGUAGCCGGCGUGGUAGGGCUGACGAUGCCGCGGUACUGUCUGUUCGGAGACACGGUGAACACGGCGUCACGAAUGGAGUCCAAUGGAGAGCCUCUCAAGAUCCACAUCUCGCCGAGUUGCAAGCAGGCCCUUGACAAAGUUGGGGGCUACGUCACCGAGCCGCGCGGUGCUAUACCCAUCAAGGGAAAAGGACAGAUUCAAACUUAUUGGCUGGUGGGAGCAACUGAGAAAGCCAUCCAGAAGCGAGCUGUAGAGGGCGAGGAGCAGCCACUGUUCUGUCGGCCGCGACGCAGCCCGCGCCUCGCAGACUCCCGGCACCCUUCACUAUCAGAGUGCCGCAACGAGCCGGCGUGCGCGGGCGCCGCGCUGCGGCAGCGGCCCGCCAGCAGCGGCGCGCGCGGCUCGCGCUGCUCGCUGCCCGCGCCCGCCACGCCGCCGCGCCGCCGCCACCACGACGCGCCCAGGACCAGACACGCCUUGAGCUCGAUAGCGUCGUCGACCGCGUGCGAGGGCGAUGCGGAGUCGCUGGGGUCCCGCUGUGGCGCGCUGCGCUGCGCGCAGUCCCUGGACCUGCUGGCGGCGCGGCGGCCGCUGCGGCGCCAGCACACCACGCGCUCGCUCGACGCCAGCGCCGCCAUCUCCACCGUCUCCGCGCCCAUCUUCAACGGCACCAUCAUCGGCAUCGUCACCGACGACCCGCCCAAAACUGAAGAAGACAGCCCCCUCCUCCGCAAGUGCAGCCUCUACAACAAGCUCGACCGCACCAAGCGGAAGGUGCACGACACCAACUACAUAGAGUUCUACAAGAAGUGGCGGUCGCUGGAGAACAUCGCCGACGCGAAGAACGACAUGCGCAAGAUGCCGCGGUUGGCCAUCCGCUCUUGGCUGCUGGGCAUCAUCAGCGGCGGCACGCGCAGCUCCAGCUCGUCGCUGCGCCGGCCGCCGCCGCUGCUCGACCGCGAGUCCGCUGUUUGACUGCCAUCUAGCGGCACAACUACAUAUCCUACUCCAUAUUAAAUGUAUAUUAGGAAACUAGAUAUAUGUAUGUAUAUGAAACGCUGUUGUAAAUAAUAUGUGUAAGUAAAACGAUGUUACCGUGAAUUGUGAAAUAAGAGUUUAAUGUUAUUAAAUAAUUUCUAUUGAAUAA